UGAAUUAGAAGAUAAUUCACUAUUAAUUAAUAGCGAUAAUAGCUCAAAUUUUAAUUUUGAUUCUGUACUAUCUAAAACACAAAUUGAUAUAUACCGUCAAAUUUAUAUGAAACAACCCUUUGAAGAUGAAAAAGAUGAUGCAUUAAACUCUGUUAAAUUAGUUAAAAAACAACUAGAUAAUCAAGAAGAAGAAGCAUAUCUUCAUUGGCUUUCUACAAAUAAAUGCUGA